UCUAAACCAGCCUGGAGGCACCAACACUAAAAGCCACACAGGACAAGGUGGCUGCUCUAUAUCUAGCUCGCCAAACAAGGAGAGGAAGCUGAAAGUAUUUUGAAAAGGCACCUUGGAGAGAUCAAGGACAAUUGAGCAGUCUUCAUGAAAUCAUCAGAAAAACAGAAGCAAGAAGACUCCAUGAAGGUUAGCAGCAAACCCAAAUGAAACCUAUGGAGAGAGAUGAGGCACCACUGAGAAUAAACACUUUCACCCUCAUUCCAACUCAAAAAUACAGAAGAAGUUGCAGACAACUACAAUCCAAGAAAGGUGGUGAUAGACUGGAAAACUUCCACAUACAGUAUAACUGUGGCUAUUUCCAGUUAAUACCAGUUGAAAUCUUUCACAAAGUGUUGUGUUACCUUUCAGUGACAGACAUCAGUGUUCUGAGCAUGGCAUCAAAGGUGGUUGGCACUCAGGUUGUGGGUUAUAUUGCCACUUCAUCGGGAAUAAGACGGCUUCUAUUGGAGGGUUUCCAUUCCACUGAUGUUUCCAAGAAAUCAGUUGCAAUGGAACACUACAGAUCUUUAGGAUUGCUGUUUAAAAGAUGUACGCUUCUGCUUCCCACGAAGGAAAGACUAAAAUUUGUGCAUAAUCAAUUAUUAAAGAAUCCAUGUUUUAGGAUGGGCGGCUGUACAAUGGUCGUGCAGUGUUCAGGAUUUGCUUGUUUUGGGAUGUUAUUACAGACUCUUAUAGCGGGCUGGGAUGAGCUGGAAUGUCACCGAGUGUUCAACUUUCUGAAUGAAAGUGCAAAUCUGCCUCGAAAAAUGCAAAGUGUGGUGUGCAGUAGACCAGGUGCGACCAGAAAGCUGGAAUUACAGAUUCGUCUGUUUUACCGACGGGUUCUUCUAGAUCACUGGGUACAUCAGAGCGAUAUCGCUUUCUGGCUAACUCGCAUCCUUAAGCCUUGGCCAAUGGUCAACCAAGCUAGACUGCUGUACUUGCUCUAUGGCCCUAUGUCCAUCAAUGAUGGUCAAAUCCAUUGGCAUCAUAUGAACCAGAUCCCUGCAGGCGAGGAGAGUAUAAAAGGUCUUGCUGCAGCAGUUAGGUUGCUACAUGAAAAUGCCAAGGAAUGGACAGCCGAUGACAUUUUUACCUUGUUGGAAGAGUUAGCAGGGUUUCCCCAAGAAUGGCUUCUGGAGAAUAGUGCUCGUCUUCUGAUCUGUUGUGGAAAUAACAUGUGCUUUACAUUUCUGGCCAAUAAAGCUGUAAAUGGGAGGCUGAACGAACUUGCCACACUCAUUGUGUUCCUAUCUUUGGUAUGUGAAAAGGAUGGAUACUGCAUGGACUGGACUGUUAAAAUGGUUCACAGAAUCUGUAAGGUUAUAACCAGCAGUGAAAGCAGGUGGAAUUUUUUACAGACCAUUGAGAAGGUUUUUGCUCGAGUUACCAUGGACAUGAUUGAAUCAUUAAUGUUCAGUGGCCUUGAGGAGGAUGAAGGAGUAACAUACAACAUGUACAAUAUGGUGAACGCCCAAGCUGAAUUUCAUAAAGAAAUCAUGCUUCAUGCCUUCAGCAACGUACUAACGUGAAAGAUGUUCCUGAAAUCAAUGGUCAGAUCAAGCAAUCUAUGUUUAUUUUGUUCUUAUUUUUCCUGACUGAAAGUGAAUUUUAUUUGACUCAGAUAGCAUUUUAUGUACUUGCUUCUAAGAGUAAAACUAAUUCUAGUUAAAAUAAUAUCUCUUGGUGCCACAGUUUGAUUCAGGAACUGCUUGGAUCAAGUUGAAAUGAUAAUCCACAAUCUUGUACUAAUCUGGCCAUGAGCUGCUUAUUAUUUGUAAUUGAUUUUAGCCAUGAGAAGGCAAAAACAUUUCAUAAAUUCUCAAAGCCACCCCACCUUUGGGAAUGAAGUAUUGCCAACUCAUGAUCCUCAGCCUGCUUUCCUUUCUAUGGAGACAGGCUUUAGCUUGCACACAGCUCUGUUGCUAAUUGUGGCUGUGAAGUCAUGUAUAGGUACAGACUUGAAGUUGUUGGAUGUUCAAGUGGAAAAAACUAAAAUGGAUAAAACCCAGGUGCCAGAUUCCAAUUCCAGAAAUGUAUACUUUGAUCAAUUAGAAAUUCCAAAUUCCACAAAUGAUCCAUUACUUGUCAGGUUUAAAAACAAUCUCCUUGGAGAUGUUACACUAGGAUGGAAAUACAGUGUUUAUGGUACGCGUAGUCAGUUAAACCAACUUUACCUCCAGAUUGAAACUAUGCUGCUUAACAGAUGAGCAUUGGAAAUUGCUGCUGUUAGCUGAGGUCACACACAAGCACAUUAUAAUGAGUGUACUGUAUUAAUUGUCAUUGUAUUAAUACUUUUUAAUAGGGGUGUGUUGUACCUAAUGCACAGAAAUUUAUUAUUACAGAAAUCCUGAUAUUGAAAGAUAAGAUAACAAGAGGUACAAACAUUGGAUAUAAAUUCAUACUGCUUCUGAUUUUCGAGUCAAUUAAAUUGGUUGGACAAAACACCGCAUGGCACCUUAUUUUUCAUUCUGUGCGGUAUAGGAAUAGUUAUAAAUAUAAUACACGGAACAUUGGGUUACAUUUUUAGCUGGACCCAAAUGUAUCAAUACCUUUUCUGUCAUUAGUGCAGAAUGGAAGUUGGCACAUCUGGAAAAAUACUCCAGUUGCCAAAUAAUGUUGUAGAACAUAUACAGAAUGAACUCGAACAUGAGUAGAGAUGCAAAAUGGUCUCCUGUGUCUCCAUUGUUAAAUGUUAUAUGGCAUGGUCUUUGGCAUAUAGGUAACAGUAGAUUCUCCUCCAAGCUCCUUAGUGAUCUGCAGCUUAUCUGAUGGGGAAUUGGUAAUGUAAUUGUGUACUAAAAUGCGAUGUACAAGGUAAAUGUUAUGUAUUAUAGAUGUUUCUCUUCUGUUGGGGACCUUCAGGAUCACACAGCAAUGUCUUGCUGAGAACCAAUAGAUCUGGGCAACUCCUGAGCUUCUGACAAUGCAUCACCUCACACUAUUCUCCAAGAAGGGUAUUUGAGAAAGCCAUUGCUUUUAUGCUGCCUGUGGUGAACUGUUUGAACACUUUGAAUCUCUUUUUUUUCUACCACCCUGCAGCACAGCAGAGGUUGUAGCCUUGUCCAAUGCAACAAUGUGUGCAAGAAAACGUUACUGAAAGACAAAGCAUUGUUGAUCCACAAGCUGUUACGCUAAUCCUUACCUGCUGUAUACCAUUUCUAUUCUUCAAAAUUUGCAAAUUACUAAGGCCAUUAUCUAUGAAGGCAUGUGAGAGAUGCAAGUAUUUUAGCCACCCCACUGCUGAUAACUGGGAUUGUCAAACCAUCAGCAUGCCUCAGACAUCAAAAUAAUUUUAAUAAAGAGCCUUUAGAGCUGAACACCACUUUUUCACAGCCAUUAAUUUAUUACUCUCCUCUUUUACACAAUGAUGUUAAGUUUAAAAUUUAGCGGUGCCACUUUCUAAAGACAUGUUUAUGGGUUUUUUGACCUGUAGCCAUUGCUGUCCAUUGAUGGGUGUAAAGAGCAGGCAAAGUGGAAAAUAUUAAUUUUGGAUGAAUGAACAGAUCCAUGACAAACCACCUGAUAUUUAUUUGCAAAUAAAAUUAUUGUUCUUUGUUAAUCAGCACCUUUCAAGCCUGAGAUUUUCUCUCCUCCAUUUCUAAUUGAUUAAGGUUCAGCUGCUGGCAGAAAGCUCUAGUGGUGAGUUCCCCUGUUCUCCCCCCCUCCCCCCCCCCCCCAUUUAACUUUAUGUGGGCCUUAAGCAUCCUUAAGUUUUGACCGUAAAUUUAUUAUUUUUGUUGAGAUGUGGUGGCUUGGACGAGUUAUGCAGCCUUUACUCAUCAAAUGAAUAACAACAUGCAUAAUAGCUCAAUGGUCGUGUGUACUUAUUUAUUACUGAAGCCGAAAAGAAACAAACAAAUAAAACAAUGUUAAAAUUAGUCAUAAUCUUUACAACAUUUUUAUUUUGAACAAAAAUUAGUACGUAACAAGACUAC